AUGGGCAAGUGCGUCAGGAUCCGCGGCAGCAGCAAGCCGCCGCCCGCCGCGGCCGCGUCGUGCCUCACGCUGCGCAGCGGCCGCCGCGUACUGGCCGCGUCGUCGGCGGCAUGCAGCCCGAGGACGAGCGGCAGGCCGCGGCGCCACCGUGGGUCAGCCCUCCGGCGGUGGUGCGGCGCCGAGGCCGCGACCGCGAACAAGCACGGCAGCCCCCGGCGCAGGGGCGCGGCCGACGCGGCGAGCCCCAAGGAGCUCUACGACGACGGCCGGCCGGAGGAGGAGGUGCCGCUGUCGCGGUCGGCAGAUACCGGUGCCGCCGCCGUUGCCCGCGGCGGCGACGGCGGCGGCCGUGGAGACAGCUUCGAGAGACCAAAGACGCCGCCCCUGAUGACCGACGACUGCGACGCGGCCGCGGCGAAAGCGAAGGCAAAACACGAGAACGAGAGCCGCCGCAAGGGCGUCGUCGCCGGCCAGCCGCCGCCGACGGAAGCCGAGAUAGAGGCCUUCUUCGCGGCGGCGGAGCUCGCCGAGCGCCGGCGAUUUGCAGAGGCGUAA